CAAAAUUCGUUGCGAUUUAUUGAAUAUUUAUUGGGGUUACGUAUAAGUUACCCUAUAAAAAGUAAUUUAUGUAACUUCUGCAUUAAAAUAUUUAGUCAGAACUUCAGCGUUAGUGAAGUAUGUACCACUUAUAAAGUACAGAGUAUAUGUAAAAUGUGCUUCAUAUAACUGUGGCUAUGUCAGACACGUGUAGAUGAUUAUAUUUAUGUAAAUGUAUAUUUAUAAUAUAUAUAUAUAGCUACUGUUAUGAUAUCAGAAAGCAUAUUUAUACGAAUAAAUUUGUUAUUAACGUAAUGUCAUGAGUGAUUUAAGUGUAAAUUUAUCCAUACCUUUCCCAUCCGAAAGAGAAGCAGAAAUUGCUUAUCAAGUACUCAGAGUCGAUCAAGAGCCAUCAAGAGGUGGUUGCACAAAGAAUUUAGUAUUAAAAGAGAAUAUUUUAGAAGUAUUAAUAUCUGGAACUGAAGCUCGUAAGGUGCGAGUGGCACUAACAGCAUUUUUUGACAGUAUAAUUUUAGUAACAGAAACUAUGCAGCAAUUUGGACCACCAGAGCCAAGUUAUAAUUAUUAUUAAAUAUAGAUGACAUUAGAACUAUCACGGAUCAACAUUCACGCAGUAAAACAGAAGCUACUCCAAAUGGUAUACCUCCUGUUUAUGAUAUUCCU